UUGCGGUUCGGUGCCUCUGCUUCCGGGUUUGGGCUCGGUUGCCAGGGGAGGCCUGGGCCGCUGCAUAGCAACGGGAAGCAUAGGGACGCCAGUCCUGGGGAGAGCGACAUGAGAGCGGCACGGAACUCUGACGUCACAAGUUGGUAUUAAAGAGAAAAAUGAAAUACUCUUGUAAGAACGAAACAGCGACCCUGCACCUCUGUGUUUAACCAUGACAACGGAAAUUAACACCAAUUAACCUCUGCAGCACAGAUCCUGGCACAAUUAAGCUGCACUUAUCUAUUUUAUAUAGCAAAGGAGCUUAAACAGGACUGGCUGCCUCCCCUUAACCUGCGAUACCUUCCCCCACCUUUAUACUCGGCUCUCUGCAACACGGAAAGUUUACUUCCUACAAACUUCUGGCUUUUAAAUAGUAGCUGUCAUGGCCGAUCCUGGAGAAGGGAAAAAAGAGGAAGCAGAUUACAAGAGGGUGCACAGUUUCCCAUUGAUACGGCACACUGACAUGCCAGAAGAGAUGCGCGUAGAGACCAUGGAGCUCUGCGUAACAGCCUGUGAGAGGUUUGCCAGCAAUAACGAAAGUGCAGCAAAGAUGAUCAAAGAGACAAUGGACAAAAAGUUUGGGUCCUCGUGGCACGUGGUGAUCGGGGAAGGCUUUGGGUUUGAGGUCACGCACGAAGUCAAGAACCUGCUGUACAUGUUCUUUGGGGGCAGCUUGGCCAUCUGUGUCUGGAAAUGUUCCUGAGACCCCAAUACAGGACCCCACUCCCCUCUGUCCCUUUACUCAGGAUGUGCUGCUGCAAGGCCCCGCUCAGGAAAGAGUCUCAGGCUCGGCUUUGUAUUUCUAUUUAGGGGUGCUUGGGAUGGGCCACUUAACCUGCAACACAGGUCCGAGGAACCGGUUCAGGCUUCUAUGGCAAUAAAUGGGUUUGUUUCAGAAGAAGGGAAGUCACGUCAGAUCUUGGUAACCACGUGUUACAGAGCCUCAAACAGGGGGGUAGGACUUGCCCCUAGUUCCCUCUCCUGUCCCUGACUCUCAGAGGUAUUUGUUACCUAACGGGUACGCACAGGGAUUAUAGGCCGCUGGUACCGCAGCUCCACAGACAUCUGUGUUCACCCACAUUCUGACUCUGACCUCUGUCCAUCAAUCACACCAGCCCGUCCCUAGUCUCUCUCAUAAUAUUUUAUACCAGGCCCAUUGUGCUUGUGGUUUUUUUUACAUUUCUGCUCUCCUGACUUCUGUCUUUAUUAUUUAUAACAGCUCACUCUGCUGUGUGCCUGGUUAGUGCAACAGCGUCUUCCUAUAUCAGAGACUAUUUGCUCCUUACUUUCCUUUCUCCCCAUACACAGCCGUCAUCUGCCUGUCAGUCUUUCUCCUUGACGUAGACAUAGAGUCCACAAGCCAUAAAUAAUAGAUCAGGUUUUUAGAUUACCGUAGAGCAGCCAGCCAGCUACCGGCCCUUUCUAGCUCACUGGGGGAGGUGCGAAGCCAUGUUUCUUGGAAGGAUUUUAUACUCUGUUGGAACAUUACGGAUGCUGUUUUUUAUGUUCACUGAUUAUAGAACAGUUUGCUGUGUCAUGAAUAAACUUCCUUGUUUUUUACUAUCUUUAAA